ACUCACCUUCCAAUAAAGAGUUUUAUUCUAUCACCAAUCAUGUCUGGCAUCUCAUUUAAAUGGUGAUAAACAUAUUUAACUUUUGGAUUUGUCUCUUUGUGCCAACAACUUAAUUUAUAUAUGGCACUGACAUAGCCCCUAAACAAUCAGAGCCAGAGAUGGCAUCAAGGAAAGUUUUUAACCAAUGCUUGGUUCUGCCAAUCUUGCUUAUGAUUUGCUUUGUUUUGCUGGUUCAAUGUGGUAGGCCACAUAGCACAGAAGGAGAGGAUUUGGUCACAGCAACUUGCAAACACACCCUUCAUUUUCAAGUAUGCAAUUCUUCCCUAAGAUCAGUCCCUAUCAGUAGCAAGACAUCAGAUCUCAGAGUGCUUGCUGAGAUAGCACUGAAUCUCAGCACAGCAUAUGCUGCAGACACUUUGACCUGUGUUCAUGAACUGCAGUCCAAUUCUUCCGCUGCCAAUAACAUCUACGUGUCCCGUUGCUUAAGAGACUGUGAAGAGGAAUUCUCGGAAGCCAUAGAGAACUUGCAGGACUCAAAAGAAGCACUUGCCAAUGGAGAUUGUGACAAAGUAGAUACACUGGUUUCUGCUGCUAUGUCUGAUGCUGAGACAUGUGAAGAUGGCUUCAAGGACUUGCAGCAAAGUGAGGACAAUUAUUCAACUUCUGCUCUAACUCAACGUAACCGUCACUUCUCUGAACUAUGUAGCAAUGCUCUUGCUAUCACAAAAUUACUAGUUUGAAUGAAUCUUGUUCAUCUCUUGUACGCGGUUGAUGUUACAUAUAUUGGCUUCUUUAGCUGUUCUGUUAACAACUUCUUCAUUUUUUUUAAUUGUUUGAUUUCAUUCCUAA